UCCCACGUCGUCAGGCCGUGACAACAGCGCGUGCGCGAGCGAGCCAGGGAGCGGAGCCGAGCCGACCACCGCCCACCGCCCGCAGCCCGCAACCCGCAACCCGCAACCCGCAGCCGCCUGCCGCCGCCACCGUCUGCCACCGCCUACCCUCCGUAAGCAGGAGCACCGGCCGGGCCCGCACGCCUACCAAGCCCCUCCCUCGUCGUCAGACCGUGAGAGCAGCGCGUGCGCGAGCGAGGGGGAGGGAGAGCAACCGAGAGAGCGCCGGGAGGAAGAGACCGGGCCUAGCAAGCGCCGGCGCGUGUGGCGUGAGUGGCCUAAGGGGAAGCCGCCUGCCCGCCCCUUUCGCCUUCCCUUCUCUCCCUCUCUCCGCUCCUCCCACCCCAACCGCGGCACAGCAGCAUGUCUGAGCCCGCGGCCAAAGUCGAUCAACAGGAGCUUGGCUCCAAACAAGACAAGGCCGUGAACACCUCAGACACAGAAUCGGAACAUCAGGAAGUAAUUGAACGUGCUGAUGAAGUACAAAGUGAAAUAGACAAACUUAAUGAACAAGCCGCUAAGGAGAUUUUGAAAGUAGAACAGAAAUACAACGAACUGCGCCAACCAUUUUUUGACAAGAGGUCAGAAAUGAUCUCCAAAAUCCCACGUUUUUGGGGAAAAGCAUUUGUCAACCAUCCACAAGUGUCCAAGCUGCUUGGGGAGGAGGAAGAAGAGGCACUGCAUUAUUUGACCAGAGUUGAAUUGACAGAAUAUGAUGAAAUUACAUCAGCUUACAGAAUAGAUUUUUAUUUUGAUGAAAACCCUUACUUUGAAAAUAAAGUUCUCUCCAAAGAAUUUCGUCUGAACGAGAAUGGUGAUGAAACUACAAAGUCCACUGAAAUCAAAUGGAAAUCUGGAAAGGACUUGACGAAACGUCCCAGUCAAACGCAGAAUAAAGCCACCAGGAAGAGGAAGCGUCAGGAACCAGAGACCUUCUUUGCCUGGUUUACUGACCAAACUGAUGCAAGUCCAGAUGAAUUAGGAGAGCUCAUCAAAGAUGAUAUUUGGCCAAAUCCAUUACAGUACUACUUGUCUCCUGGUGUGAAACGUGAAGAAAAAGAAGAAGAAGAAGAUGAUGAUGAUGACGACGACGAGGACGACGAUGACGAUGAUGAUGAAGGGGAUGAGGAUGAAGGUGAAGAAGAUGAUGAUGAUGAACUGGACGAUGAAGACGAGUAUGAAGAAGACUUUAUCACAAUUCUUAUCCAAUACUGAUCAAGCCUCUGCACAAAAGGCCCGCUUGAAACUGGCCUCAAAAAUCUCAUGAACAUCCCAACUUAGCCAUUUCCCCUAAGAAAGCUACUAAGACUCUGUCAAGGUAAUGCUUGCCCUUACUACAGUAAGAAUAAACUCGAGCUUUGUCUUGUUAA